AUGAUGAAAAAGAAGGAAGAAGAAGAAGAAGAAGAAGAAGAAGAAGAAGAAGAAGAAGAAGAAGAAGAAGAAGAAGAAGAAGAAGAAGAAGAAGAAGAAGAAGAAGAAGAAGAAGAAGAAGAAGAAGAAGAAGAAGAAGAAGAAGAAGAAGAAGAAGAAGAAGAAGAAGAAGAAGCAUGGUGGCCGCGCGCUGAUUGCAGUGUACUGAUUAUUUAA